AUGCUUAAACGGUGGCUUUUAGCCCUGCUGGCCCGGGUCGGCCUCAUCGUGCUGGGCCUCUGCUGCUGCCUGUUCCUGUUCUACCUCCUUGCCUGUAAACCGUUGGCUCACAGCAGCCAGCAGUCCCCGCUGUGGUCUGGAGCGGCCACCAGUAAGGAGGGAUACAUGGCGUUGUUGCAGGAGAGGGAAGACUCUCACAAACAUUACAUCAACAGCCUGACAAAGCAGAUAGCGCAGCUGAAGGAGGCUCUCCAGGAGAGGACGCAGCAGCUUCAGGAGUCCCUGGAAAAAGCCAAAACAAGAGGGAUUCUGCCUCAGGGUCUGGAGAGCCUGCACAAAACCCCGACACAGACUGACCUAAAGGAGUUCCUACGCUCCCAGCUGAGCCAGGCGGAGGUGAACUCAGGUGUAAAGCUGCCCAGCGAAUACGCUGUGAUUCCUUUUGACACGUUCACCCUGCGGAGGGUGUACCAGCUGGAGACGGGGCUGACCAGGCACCCAGAGGAGAGGCCUGUGAGGAGAGACCGCAGAGACGAGCUGAUCAGCACAGUGGAAACAGCUCUGCAUGUCCUGAACGGACCUCAGCAACACACAGACAACACCAGGCGGAAACACACAUACUCCCCUUCAGACUUCAUCGAAGGGCUGACUCGUACGGAGCGGGACAGAGGAACCAUUUACGAGCUGACGUUUAAAGGCGACGGCCCGCAGGACUUCACACAGCUCGUGCUCUUCAGGCCGUUUGGUCCUGUGAUGAAGGUGAAGAGCGAGAGCGUGGACACGCACAGCACGCUCAUCAACAUCAUCGUACCUCUUUCCAAGAGAGCAGAAGCAUUCAGGCAGUUCAUCAACAACUUCAGAGAAGUGUGCAUCCAGCAGGACGGCCGGGUUCAUCUGACUGUGGUCUACUUUGGUCGAGAUCAGAUAGACCUGGUAAAAGCCAUGCUGGACCAAACCACCAGAGAGACUCGUUUCAGGAGCUUCACUUUGAUCCAGCUGAAUGAGGAGUUUUCCCGUGGUCGGGGUUUAGACGUGGGCGCUAGAGCUUGGAGGCGCAGCCAGAACGUCCUGCUCUUUUUCUGUGAUGUCGACAUCCACUUCACCGCUGACUUCUUAACUUCCUGUCGUCUCAACUCAGAACCUGGUAAGAGAGUGUACUAUCCAGUGCUCUUCAGCCAGUACAACCCAUCUAUUAUCUACAGUAACCAGACACUUCUACCCUCUGUUCAACAGCAGCUGGUGAUAAGGAAGGAAUCUGGAUUCUGGAGAGACUUUGGGUUUGGCAUGACAUGCCAGUACAGGUCUGACUUCCUCAACAUAGGUGGUUUUGACCGUAACAUUAAAGGUUGGGGGUUGGAGGACGUUCACCUGUACAGGAAGUACCUGCACAGUAAACUGAUGGUGAUUCGCUCUCCAUCUCGGGGCCUUUUCCACUUGUGGCAUGAGAAGAACUGUGCAGACGAGCUCCCUCCAGACAAAUACAAGAUGUGUAUGCAGACCAAAGCCAUGAGCGAAGCCUCUCACGGUCAGCUGGGGGAGCUGUUCUUCAGACGAGAGAUUGAGGCUCAUUUGAGCUCCCAGAGAGGGACAAACAGAGCAACAUGA